ACUGCAAUCAUCCUUUCUCCACUUACCACUUGCCCUGCUCCAACCACUGCUCAACAGGGAUGAUCUCAUGACCAACUCAGAAGACGACGUUGUGCAUGCAGCUCUAAGGUGGAUUGAGGUUGAGAAAGAACGCUUGCAGAACCUUCCUGUCCUCUGCAGUUCCUUCCGUCAUUCCUUUAUUAGCAGGGAAAUUCUCACAGAGCUUGAGAGCAAGCGUCCGUCAACAGACAUCAAGUUGGUAUACAGCGACAGCACCGCCCAGCGGUUAGGACAGACACGUACUGAGAUGCAGAUUUUUGUUAGGCGCGACUGGCUGGAGAUUGCUUCCCCUUAUUCUGCUCCAUGCUACGACCCUUCGAGUAGCAAGUUGUACAAGAUGAAUCUUCCUGACCGCUUGUCAAUGACUAACGUUUCAAUGGUAGCAACUCCGGAUAACGAACUUUACUUGGCAGGACACAUAAAAAGUGAUAGGAAGUUGAGUUUUCAGGAAGCCAUGAACGAUCCACAGUUGCAGAAGGCCUUCUACCAAUACAAUCACCUGCUGAAUGCCUGGGAAUCCAGAUGUGAGAUGAUUUCACCAAGAAAAAAAUGUAGUCUGGUGUGUCUGAAGGGGUACAUCUAUGCCGUUGGUGGGGACGCCAGAAAUACAGUAGAGCUGUACAACCGAAGCUGUGACAAGUGGACAUCAAUAGCACCCCUCCCUCAUAAUAUGGACUCUCCUUGUGCUGUGUGCCUGGAUGACAGCAUCUAUGUGCUAAGUGGGAAAGAUUGCUACUGCUUCAGCCCCACAGAGAACACGUGGAAUAAAGUUGCAGACACGCUCGGACACCCGAUGGACCGACAGGUUGUCAUAUAUGAGCGGCGCAUCUACAGCCUUGUGCGGAGGUACGAGACUGAGGCAUUUGUACAGAAGUACAGCCCUGAAGAAGGUACAUGGACACCUUCUGGUAAUGGCAUGCGUUUUAUCUGCGACUAUGCAAUGCUGUUAGUGUAUGACAGUAUCCUGUACCUUAUCACAGUACCUGUUUCAGAUGAGCGUUACAGUACCCACUGGACAUUGCUGCAAAAGAGAGAUUGGCCUCCGAUUAACCUGUAUAAGUACCAGAAAUCGAAUGACUCUUGGUCGAAGCAGGACAGGAAAGACAGCAUGGUUCCACCCAUCUCACGGUGGAUGGGCGCUGGGAGUGACACCUGCGCAGAAUGCGUAUGCCUGGUGGCGCCGAUGGUACCAACCGCUCUGGGAGAUGCAAGUUCAUUCCAGGACAACGAGGAAUUCAUGGAAGGAAGUUCAUUCCAGGACAACCAUUUAUAUUUAUAUGGAGCUGAACUGGACAUGUAUGGAGGGGAGGGUGAGAACUCUUCCACAGGUUCCUUUGACCAUGGAAUUAUGUUAGACGAGCUUGAGGACAGCACUACAGACCAGGAGACUUCUGAUGGUGAAGAAGACAGGGAGGUUGGAAAUGAAGAUGGGGACACCUGAGCUGGCAAUCUGUGCAGUGUUCUCGCCAGCUCAGUUGAGCAUUGGGGUCCCUAGACUGUGAUUUUUAUCCCCUUUUCUGUGACUUGGGCCCUACAUUGUAUUUCAACCAGUGCAGGGUCUUUUCUAUUGUUUUGUAUCUAAGGUAAAAGCUGUUGGCGUAAUUUCAUCAAAAUUUGGUUCUCUAAAAUUGGGUUAACGUUAGUUAACCUUUAUCCGUAGGGUAACCUAUACCCGUUGUAUGUAGAAAUAUUCUAUUUGGGGAUAGUUAAGUAGGUGGAAGGUAGUUUCACAUUGCAAAUUUUGACGUUUGAAACCCACGUCGUUGACCUGAAAUCUCUAAAUACCCAUUUUUUUCACAACGAAUCUAGGUUACCCCACGGAUUAAGGUGAACUAGCGUUACAAAUUGAAGAUUUUUCAGGAAGAUUGCUUAUGCAUGCCAUGUAGCUUUACUGUGCUAAGAUGCCCCCUAUGCUGUUUAAAAAUCCUGGUGAGAAACCUGCUAUGGAAGAUGUUUCCAAAGGUUAUAAAACAGCCACAUAUAAACAGUUACAGAUAUCAUAUUUUUUCAAAGCAGUCACUGCUUUAUGCUCAGAAAGAAUC